AUGUAUAGAGGAUACCUGAGCGAAAUGAGUUCAAGGAAAAUGUUUAAACAGCUGAUAAACUCUAUGAUGGAUGAAGAGGGUGACAAAUACAGUCCUCACUUUGACGAGUAUCAGGUUUACCACAACCCACAGGACACACAGUUAUACCACAAUAACGAUAUCUCAAUCAAGCAGUCGUAUUCCCCUGGGGAUGGUUUUGCUGACAAAGCCCAGAAGUUACUCUUAAAAGAGGAGAACUCUAGCUUUCCAACUCCAUCCUCGCCUACAAGCCAAGAGAUUUCCUUUCUGAACGAUUCAUUUGGCUCGAAUCCAAACCUGGCUUCAACCAAGAAGCGAACUGGUCGCAAGAAGAAGCUCAAAAAGAAGAAGAAAAAAAUUAUGAAGAAAAGUAGUAAAAGCCCUAUCCGAACCAAGACACCUUCGAGACACAAGAGCCGGUCAGGCUCGAACUCUUUAAGAGGCACGAUACAGAAAAGAAACAAGAGUAAGGAGAGAAGUGUGCUGACCAAGAAAUUUAAGGUGUCGAAAUAAGGCAUUUUUGACCAAAGCAAAGCCUGAAUCGCAAUAUUUUCAGUAUUCGCCUCGGAUGGGAAAUGGGAUGAUAGACUCUGAGAUUAAGAGAUGGGACCAGUUAUAUACGAUGAGCUUUGAAAAGUCCCAGGAGAGGAUGAGCAAAUAUCUUAAAAAUAUUGAGAAAAAGAAGAAAAAUGAGUUAAAAUAAUUGCACAUUCCAGCCUAAUCUCACACUGAGAGAUCCUACCAAAUUAAGGAGAACAAGGAAUAAAAUUCCUUCUGGAAGAUUUAAGUCCUCUUUAACUCCCACUUUUAAAAGUAAAAGUAAGAGCAAAUCCUUCUUGGAUCCAAACACUGAAUUACAAGCAAGUCCAAAGAAAAGAAAGAAGAGAAGACGCACACCAGCCUUCAGUCAGACUCUAGCUAAUCCCAGCAUCAGACCUUACGACUCACACAUUUUCACCCUCCAAAAAUCCGUCUUUGACCAAAACGGUGUGUACACACACCUCCAAAGACACCACAAAGCUCAUGCACUUCGUGAAAAAACCUUGAAGCUUAGCCAGUCGCAGUCCUUAGCCAGCUACCAGGCAUAA